CACCUUGCAGCAAUGCAAGUGGUAGCCACAAAUUACCCUUACAAGUGCUUGGCCGCGCAUCAAAUCCUAGGUGCUUGAAAACGCAAGGCGUGCCUGAUGGGAUACACUAUUUUUCAAAUAAGAAAGCGUGGCAAACUAGUGCGACGUUUACUGAUUGGUCCUACUCCGUUUUCGUUCCUGAGAUCAAACGGAAGGCAGCUGCACAGAAUAGACCGACUAAUGCGCUUCUAAUUCUAGAUAAUUGCACCGCACAUUGCAGUAAAGAUAAGUUUCAAGUGGAUGACGCAGAAAUUCAGGUGAUCUUUCUUCCUCCAAAUGUGACAAGCUUUCUUCAGCCUAUGGAUCAAGGAAUCAUCAAUGCUUUUAAGGUUAUCUAUAAAUCGAAUUUUCUGCGCCGUGUUCUGUUAGAAACUGACAGCGAUCGCCCAGUUACAGAAGUUAUCAAAUCAUUUAGCCUUUAUGAUGCUAUUCAACUAGCGACUGAUGCGUGGGCCACUGUAACUCCAGAAACGAUUGCUAACUGUUGGCGCAAUCUCUUAAGUCAAGAUCAAAACUAUAACUCGUUCAACGAUUUCACAAUUUCUUCACCAACAAGUGACCCCCGUGUGUUGCUUUCUAAAGUAGUGCAACUCGUUGAUCCAAACUACGAACUGACCGAAGAAGAAGUUCAAGAGUGGCUAAGCAACUCAGACAACAUAGAUGUAGCGCAAAUAUAUACCGACGAGCAAUUGGCCAAGUAUAUUGCCUCUGGUGGUGACUUUUUCGAGGCCGACCAUGAAGAGCAAGAUUGCGAUACUAACGAAAGUGCUGAGUGUGAUCUUAGUACUUCGGUUAUAUGUACUCUUGGAGCAGUCAAUCCGAAAAACGCAAUGAUUAUAAGUAGGCUAUCAGCAUCAUGGAUGUACUCAAAAAUGUUCUUAUUGCUGUUGGUGAUGACCGUAAAUUAGUGGAAGCCGAAAAAUGAAAAACGAAUAUGAAAAUGAAAUUAUUCGCCUUCUUGACGAAUAACAAUAGUGAAUUUUAAUUAAGUA